AUGUCUUAUCCAGCUGGACAAGAUUUAAAUUCAUUUAUUAAUACAUCUCGUAUUCAGCGCGCUAAUUCAUUAAUGGUCGGCUCAGCAAAAAGCUCAGUUACCUAUCCGGGAUCACACCCUUUUGAAACGCGUAGUGAAGUUAAUUUCAGCUCAGGCAAUUCUCUACGAGCAUUAUCACCAGAUGACAUACAGAAAAUGAAAUAUAAAAUUGAACUAGAUAAGCAAGUAGCUGAAAAAAAAGAACGUCGUGCUCGCGAAUGGGAAACUAAAAUUGAACGAGAGAAAAAAUAUGUUCGACAUCAACCAUUUGGACAACACGGCAAUACUACUAUUUUAAAUACACACGAAUUGGAGGAAAUUUUAACAAAAGGCCGUGCUCCGUCACCAGUCUUAGAUAUGCCACAACAGUUACCACUUAGUUAUCCACAACCGUACAUGCAAAACGGAAAUAAUAUUAACUAUUCGAAUGGACAAACGAAACCACUAUCUCCACAGAAACAUGAACCGGAUCCGAGCAAUUUUAACUUUCAUGGUUUCUAUGGGCCACAUGCAAAUGGUAAUAUUGAUCCUUCUAAACAAUCUUCAUCAACAUCGAAUGGUACUGCGCAACCAAUUAAAGGCGAUGCACACGAUCCAUUUCUUUUGUUUGAUCCAAAUAAAGAAGGCCAAAAUGUUUUUAAUAUCAUUCCUCAACAAGAUUUAUAUGAUCCCUGGGGACGACCAGGUGGUGGUGCUCCUCUAAUUCAUCCACCAACUGGACAAAAAUUUACAAGAUACUCGGGAAGUUUACAGGAAAAACUAAAUAAAGUUGGACCAUUAGGUUUUGAACGAAGACACUACUCGGGUAAUAUCGAUGAACAAAAACGUGAUCUUGAAGUAGAACAUAGACGUCGACAACAAGAGGAAAUGGAACAUCGAUCAAAUGCCGGUGAUACUGCUGAAUGGAUUUCACAACUUGAAAGUAGUCGUUAUCCAUUAAAAUUACAUUUACCGACAACACAAACAACUAGAGAAUAUAUUGGUGCACGUGAUCGACAUCGAUCUGAAGAAAGUCGUGCUCUACACAAUGAUCUUGUUCGACAAGCUGAUGAACGUUAUCGAAAUCAACAAAUACAUCGAUAUCAUAAUAGUAUUGCUGAGUUACAACAUACUGAAGCACAGAACAGCUGGUGGGGUAGAAGUGGCGGCGGUGCACCAUCAAUUACAAAUCGACGCCAUAAUGUUCAAGCAACAUUAGAAACUCCACGACAAAGAUUUACAACGAAUCAUCUUGGUCAAUUAGUUGUAGCUGACGAUGGCCCUCCAAGUCAAGGAAAAGUUUAUGACUCAGAUUAUUACUAUCCUAAAGUAAAAGGCUUUUCCAGUCAUCGAAACUUUUAUCAAGCACUUGACGAUAAAAGACUUUGA